AUGGCGCCGCCGCUCGCCGCCGCCCUCCGCCCUCACCUCUCCCGCCUCGGCCAAACCCUCUCGUCCCGUCUCCUUCGCCUCUUCACCUCCCACUGUCCCUCCGACCAGAGCGACUUCGAACCAGACCCCGACCACCCCAUCCCCUCCGCCCCUGACAAUGACGACGGUGAGCUCGCCUCCUUCCUCCACCGCCUCUCCAGCGCGGCCUCCAGCACCUCAACCCGGAAGGAGGCCAUCUCCCUCCUCCUUUCCUUAUCCACGGGCCCGUCGCCGGCCUCCCCCGCUCUCCUAUUCCGCGCGCUCUGGGAGCUGCGCCGCGACCCGGACGCUGCCGCGCUAGCUCUUCGGUACGGAGACGAGUGCAGCGCCGUGGAUGGGGCCGAUGAGGCGGGUCUACCGCCGCCGGCCGACGCGUGGCACCUGGCCGUGUGGGCCGCGGGUAAGGCGCGGCGGUUCGACCUCGCGUGGGCGGUCGUGCGGCGGAUGCGGAACCGCGGUGUGCUCACUCGCCGCGCCAUGGUUAUCCUGAUGGAGAGGUAUGCAGCUGCCAAUGAAGUAAAUAAAGCAGUCAAAACAUUUGAUGUCAUGGAGAAGUUUAAAGUCGAAUCAGAUCAAAGUGUAUUCUACUCCCUUCUUCGUGCUCUUUGCAAAGGCAAAAACAUAGAGGAUGCUGAGGAGUUGCUUCUUCUGAGAAAGAAAUUCUUCCCACUUACUGCAGAAGGUUUCAACAUAAUUCUAGAUGGUUGGUGUAAUGUAAUCACUGAUGUGGCUGAAGCAAAGAGAGUUUGGAGAGAAAUGUCAAAUCACUGCAUUACUCCUGAUGGCAUGUCGUAUACUCUUAUGAUCAGUUGUUUCUCAAAAGUUGGAAACCUUUUUGAUACUCUAAGGGUUUAUGAUGAGAUGAAAAAGAGGGGCUGGAUUCCUGGUAUUGGUGUUUACAAUUCACUUGUCUAUGUUCUGACAAGAGAAAAUUGUGUGAAGGAUGCACUCAAUAUAUUCAGCAAACUUACAGAUGAAGGCCUCCAGCCGGAUGUUGAAACAUAUAACAAUAUGAUACUCUGUGAAAGUUGUAAGCUUGGUGAAGCGCGAAUGGUGAUGGAAACCAUGGUACUUAAGGGCAUCAUUCCUACCAUUUCGACUUACCAUGCAUUUUUGAAGCAAGAAGGCAUUGACGAAUCACUGAAGCUCUUGCAGAAAAUGAAGGAGGAUGGUUGUGGCCCUAAGAGUGAUAUAUUUCUCAUGCUUAUUGAUAAAUUUUUCUUGCUAAACGAGUCUGGGAAUGCUCUAAGAGUGUGGAAUGAAAUGAAAAAAUAUGAGAUCAGCCCUGUCCGUUCACACUAUAUGACAGUGGUCGAAGGUUUAGUAAAACACGGAUGGAUACCAAGAGCUUUAGAGUACUACGACGAAAUGAAGGAAAAAGGUUUUGCCUCUGAUACACAACUUGAUAAAGAAUUUAAAACAUUUUUGUUGAACAACAGAGACCACUGGAGAGGAGCAGGCAAAUACAAUAUCAUCCCCCAGCGUGAAACUUGCUCUCACUUACAUGAACAACAUUGCUACCAAUUCUCUAAAAACAGCUGUAUUAGGGCCAGGGACUUCGUUGUCGGCGGCGCCAACGACGCGUGGAAGGAGCCGGCGCAGCCCGACGCCCUCGCCAAGUGGGCCUCCGCCAACCGCUUCCAAGUCGGCGACAAACUCGGUAGGAGAUCCCUCGACGCCCUCGCUACAUCUUCGUCGUUGUUUCCAGUUCAGCGAUCUGGUCGAAGGAUCGAAGACAUUUUGCUGCACAAGCGAAAGAUUCUUCAUUUCUACCCUGUUGCUUCAACUCAUCUGCUUCCCAUGCGUGCAGUGUUCAAGUUCGACGGUGCGGCGGACUCGGUGCUGGAGGUGACCCGGGACGACUACAACCGCUGCAGCACGGCGUCCCCGCUCGCCGUCCACAAGGCCACCGCCGGCGCCGCCACCGUGCCGCUGCCCCGCUCCGGCCCGUACUACUUCAUCGGCGGCGCCCCAGGGAGGUGCCAGAAGGGCGAGCGCCUCCUCCUCGUCGUCAUAUCCGAGAAGCACGGCCGCGGCCGCCUGCGGGGCCUCGCUCCGGCGCCGGUCCCGGCUGCUGAGUCGCCGUUUGCCUCCAGUUUCGUCGGGGGCCCUGCCGCGGCGCCGGCGCCGGCCACCGGGGCCGCGGGGAGGACGGCGGCUGCCGGGAACACCGGCGCUCUGCUUGUCGGCGCCGUCGCGCUUCUUGGGGCUCUGUUGUUCGGGUGCUAG